CAGCAACUCUAAACCCGUUUGAGAAGGAGGCAGCUUUUGUUUACCAGCUGUAUAACAAGACAUCAACAAGAAAAUACCCCACAGACAUGGAGACAGUCAACUCGGCACGGAAAGUUGAUAUGCAGAACCCUGGCAGUGAUUUGUCAGAACAGAUAAAAGCAGCGACUAAAGAGAUCCAUGUCAGGGCAGAAAACACCCAACUGAUGCUGAGCUAUCAGAAGGGACAGAUAACUCUUCCGCAGUACAAGCUUCUUCUGUGUUCCCUCUACGAGAUCUACAAAGCACUGGAAGAGGAGAUGGACAGAAAUGCUUCCCACCCAGGUGUUGCACCGAUAUACUUCCCUCAGGAACUGGCCCGACUGGAGACACUAGAGAGAGAUCUGGAACACUUCUUUGGACAGGAGUGGCGAAAGAGAGUCAUCAUUCCUGCUGCAACACACAGAUAUACACAGAGACUUCACAAGAUCGGUGAAGGCAAUCCUAAAUUGCUGGUGGCCCACGCCUAUACCCGUUACCUAGGUGACCUGUCAGGAGGUCAAGUUUUGGGGAAGAUUACCCAGAAGUCAAUUGGGUUAAGCAGCGGAGAGGGACUGUCGUUUUUCUCCUUCCCCGGAGUGUCAAGCCCUAACCGCUUCAAGCAGCUGUACAGGAGCAGAAUGAACAGCAUCGAGCUGACCAAGGAGGAGAGGGAGGGGGUGCUGGAGGAGGCUAUCAUGGCCUUCGAACUCAACAUCCAGGUCUUUGAUGAUCUACAGAAAAUGUUAAGUGUCACAAAGGAAGCUUACGGGGACCAAGAAAAGGCCAAGACGCCAGCUAUCACCCCCUCUUUGUCCAUCGUGCAGUUGUCACUGGGCAUUUGUGUUGCUUUAGCAACAGUCGCAAUGGGUAUCUAUGUAUUCUAAAGCCUUGAAAUAAGUCCUUAAAUAUGUAUAUUUAUGUAGUUGACAGAAUCACUUCACUAAUCAUAAUUAUCCAUUUAAGGGUGUGUGCACUUAAAGCACUUUGUCAUGACUGUACUUUUUUAAACGCCUAAGGCAAUCUUAAAAUGAAAAUUGACAUGUAUUAAUUGCAAUAUCUUUGUACAUAGUAUGUUUCAUUAAAGACUAUGCACACCAU